UACAUCAAACAUUUUGGUACAAUCCUUUUCAUGACCCCUAGGUGAACCCGACAGUUCGAGUCCCCAAGCCGACUAGGUGAAAAAUCUGUCGAUAUGCCCUUGAGCAAGGCAUGUAACCCUAAUCGCGCCUGUAAGUCACUGUGGAUAAGAUCGUCUGCUAAAUGACUAACAUGUAAAUGAUGUACAAUAAGAUUCCGUUAUAUUAAGCUACUGUACUGUAUGUAGCCAGGUAUUGUGUGUCACUGUUUUCUUGAGUCAUUAGUCUACUUCAGAUAAUUACAGCAGCAACAUAUGAAAGGACGCUAUGAUACUACUUGGUUGUAAAUGUGUUUACCCAACCCUCUCUUUGUAAAUGUCUUUCAACAUGGGGUAAACACAUUUCCACUUAGCCUAAUUCUCUGUUCACACCUUCAUAACCACUCAGUAUGUCUUGUAAAUUGCUGUGGAUUUGAAUGUGGUGUAGUUGUAGGUUAUUCUUUGGUCAAAUAGCUUGCCGACAACCUGUCAGCAAUGUAGAGUAUAUUACAGAGUCGGUGUGUACUAGUUUGUUCUACACCUGUUCAGUUCUGAAGUCUCUGUGGAUUUAAUCUAACACUUCCUGUCUGAAGCGUCUUCCUCAGAACUUCAUGACCGUUAUACCAACAUCCUGUUCAAUUGAAACAUGUAUUUUCUCAAUACUGACAUUAUUUGUGAUGUCUGUGUGUGAGUUAGAGGAGGGCGAAAUGGGAAAAAAAAUCCAUAUUGCGAUAAAUUGCCUGAAUUUAGGCGAGAACGAUAAGUUUACAACAAUGUGCACCACAGGCUUUAAAAAUGAUCCUUUAACCUACUGCUACUAGUUUGAUGGUUGUAGCCAUCAAUUGUCCCAUUAACAAACAUCCAUAUUAUAUUAGCAAACUUAUUUCAUUUGAAACUUGACAUUUCUCUACUAUAGGCUACUUAUCGUAAUGAAAGACAUCAGCAAAAUGUCUGUUGAUCAUUUUCGGUUUAUCAUCCCAGCUCUAGGUGUGUGUGUGUGUGUGUGUGGUCCUACACUAGCUGCCUGCAGCGGUCAAAUAUCCUCUCUAUGUCCUAACUCGAUAAACUAGUCCUCUAAUUCGUUAAAUAUAGGCUAAAGUGGUGCCCAGUCGUAAAAUAGGUCACAAUGUUUUGGCAGUCACUUACUUUUGUAAUUGAAAAUGGGGACCCUAAAAUAGAAGAGCCCUAAAUGCAUUUUAUCUCAUGACAGGAAAGAAGCCUUUGGCCAUGCAUGCUGGUUAGCGGGCCUUAAUGGUAGGCAAUGGCAGUGGGCAGGAAUGCCGGCUCCACGUGAGGGAGUUAAACAGCCGCUUGUGCAACGUUUAACUUCACCAAAGAGACGUGUGUGUGUGUGUGUGUGUGCGCGCGUGCGGGUUAAUUGCAGUUAUUUCAUACGGUUACAUAACCUGUGGACAUUACAGCGGCACUAAAGCUGUCAGUUUUCUGUCAUUGUUAGGUCUAUCUGCGUUCACUGGCAUCUGUCAGGAAGUCUGUAAGCGAAGCCCCUCGCAACAACAGAAUUGAACUGUUACUACCUGGUUGUUUUGAGAGGGGUUGUUAGAUGUACAUAAAUGUAUCAACACUUUUUUGUUGUUGAGAUGUCGGGUUUAGUUUAACAAGCUUUGCAGAUUCAAAAACAUCAGCAACCUUUACAGAAAGAAUAUCUUUGCUGAAAGGCUGAUGAAACCAUACAAUGAAACAAUCCACUCAGUCAGUAAGGCGAACCACCAUUUGUUAGUCUCGCAGAGAAGGGUCUGUUAGACUUAGAUACUCUUUCACGGUAGGUUCAAUGUACUGUUUCCAUAAGAUAAGGGUACUGGUGGAACACAAGUCUGCCUGAUUGUCACACGCUGUGGUCUGCCUAAGCUAGGGAUUCACUGUUAAGACUACGUAGAAAUAGAAUCACUGUGCUCUGAGGGGCUUUACCCGUUCUAGUAAAUCUAUUUCUACGUCGCCUGCACCUGAAAGUGAGUCCCUCAGUCAGACCACAGUGGUGACAAUCAGGUAAUGGUAGGCUGGUACGGGAGGCCGGCCCACACAUUGUCUAUUUGAGGCCCAGUCAUCAGGCCAAAAUGGGCUGUCCCCCACCGUCACUCUUUGUCAAUAGUAGGGAGAAGAGUACUCGCACACUUGGGCAACAUUUAUGACUCCCACUCACCUCAGUGCUAAUAGCCCCAGAACAUCUUGGUCUAUUUGCAGAAGGAGGGCCUGAACUGUACACCUACAGUUUGACCGUUUAACCUGUUCAUAGGGGGGACUGUAACAAGGAGAACUCCAGUAAUCUACCCAUUACUUCAAGACCCCGCUUUGUACUCAAUCCCGAGAAUACAGUAGGUCCUUCUUAGGCCUACUCACAUUCCAGACGAUUGUUAUCAGUUAGCCUAGAGAGACCUCAGUUGUAAGCUACAGCUUAGUGUCAGUAGCAGGUCUACCUCACAUCCAGUGCACUGACAUUGUAAUUGUAUCAUCCACAUUAGGGAUUGUGAGCAUCAGGUAAUUGGCUAUUUCUGAUGAAAUUCUUCUGAGUUAAAGCAGUGAAUGGUGUUACAUUCUCCUUAUUCCUGAUGGAAAGCAUAGCCCCUAUUCACAAACCGUCUCAGAGUAGGAGCGCAGGUCUAGGAUCAGGUCCCUCUGGUCCAUACAAUCACAUUCAUUAUCAUCUAAAAGGCUAGUACACUACGACUCUUUGCGAAUCCAGUGGCUUAAGGCCUGGGAGGCACUGAGUUUGUUGCUGUUUCCACCUGAUGGAUUGUUCUGGAUGUCUUUGAGGGCUAGAGCAAACAACAACUCCCUCCAACCAACAACACUAGUGACAAACGGGCACCACAAACAACAACAAUAACAGAGAAUGAUGCAGAAUGGCAACAAUAAUUUUUGCAACAAGUCAGAAAUUGAAUGGCAAGGAAGCAAAGAGAGUGGGCUCUUUUGUUUCUGGGCUGGAGUUGGAAUAACAUUAUGUAAGCGGGCUAGGCCAGAGCCCAGGCUAGUACACUUUUAGUCACGACACAGAAUGCAUCGUAUGUCUGCCGUCGGGCUUAACUCGCAAUGGAAGCUGGUUCAGUAUGGAGCUGCAGCAAGAGUUUUUGUAAACAGAAGCUUGGCCAUGGAGAAGAUUAAAUGCUUUGGCUUCGAUAUGGAUUACACUCUAGCCGUGUACAAGUCUCCAGAGUACGAGUCUCUGGGCUUUGAGCUGACCGUGGAGCGCCUGGUCCACAUCGGUUACCCCCAGGAGCUGCUCAGCUUCGUCUACGACCCCGCCUUCCCCACCAGAGGCCUGGUGUUUGACACCAUGUAUGGGAACCUGUUGAAGGUGGACGCGUACGGCAACAUCCUGGUCUGUGUCCACGGCUUCAAUUUCCUACGAGGACCUGAAAUACGGGAGCUAUACCCGAACAAGUUCAUCCAACGUGACGAUACUGAACGUUUCUAUAUCCUCAACACUCUCUUCAACUUGCCAGAGACCUACCUCUUUGCCUGCCUUGUGGACUUCUUCUCAAACUGUGACAGAUAUGCAAGCUGUGAGACUGGCUUUAAAGAUGGCGACCUCUUCAUGUCCUUCAAGAGCAUGUUCCAAGACAUCCGCGACGCCGUCGACUGGGUCCACUUCAAGGGCACCCUGAAGGAAAAGACAGUAGAGAACCUUGAAAAGUACGUAGUGAGAGACGCAAAGCUGCCUCUCCUGCUGAGUAGAAUGAAUGAAGUAGCCAAGGUGUUCCUGGCCACCAACAGUGACUACAAAUACACACACAAGAUCAUGACAUACCUGUUUGACUUCCCCCACGGCCCAAAGCACGGGACGUCCCACCGGCCGUGGCAGUCCUACUUUGACCUGAUUCUGGUGGACGCCAGGAAGCCUCUGUUCUUUGGAGAGGGAACGGUGCUCAGACAAGUCGACACGACGACAGGGCGGCUGAAGAUCGGGACCUACACAGGACCCCUGCACCAUGGCAUCGUCUACUCUGGAGGUUCUUCUGACAUUGUGUGUGACCUGCUGGGGGCCAAGGGGAAGGACAUCGUCUACAUCGGAGACCACAUCUUCGGGGACAUCCUCAAGUCCAAGAAACGCCAGGGUUGGAGGACCUUCCUCAUCAUCCCCGAGCUGGCCCAGGAGUUGCAUGUCUGGACUGACAAGAGCUCGUUAUUCGAAGAAUUGCAGGGCCUGGACAUUUUCUUGGCAGAGCUCUACAAGCAUCUGGACAGCAGUAGUAAUGAGAGACCUGACAUCAGUGCUCUCCAGAGAAGGGUCAAGAAAGUGACCCAUGACAUGGACAUGUGCUAUGGUAUGAUGGGUAGUCUGUUCAGGUCCGGCUCCAGACAGACUCUGUUUGCCUCUCAGGUGAUGCGCUAUGCUGACCUGUAUGCUGCUUCCUUCAUCAACCUCCUGUACUAUCCCUUCAGCUACCUCUUCAGAGCUGCUCACGUACUGAUGCCCCACGAGUCAACGGUGGAGCACGCGCACAUCGACACGGACACCGAGUCCCCCCUGGCCACGCGCAACCGCCACUGCACCGACAGCAAGGACCUGGAGUGCUGUAGCAACAAGAACCGAAGCCAGCUGACCCGGUCCAUCAGUGAGAUCAAACCCCCCAACAUGUUCCCCCAGACCCCACAGGAGAUCACCCACUGCCACGAUGAAGACGAUGAUGAGGAGGAGGAAGAGUAGAUGGAGGAGGUGGGAUGGCGGGACCCUAACCAGGCUUGAUUCCUUCCUAGGAGGAGGAAGAGGGAGAGGAGUGAGAAACCGUCUUGAUUCCUUCCUGGUGUUUCCCGGAGGGGGUUUUAGAGUAUAUUUACUUCUAGGAAGAUAUAAUGUACUCUAUAGUCCACAGUAAGAGGGGGUAUUGCCAUUGUAGUGUAUCUAUAGGAGAUUUAUAUAGAGAGAAAUGAAGCUACUUUUUAUAUUAGAGAUGUAUCAGGAUAUAUAGGUUUUAUUAAUCAGAUCAGUCUGUUACUGUAUGUUACUACAGUAACAGUAGCUGCUCGGUUCUCCUAAAGCGUUGCCCCGUGCCCACCCCUUUUCAAGUUUUACGUUUUCAAUGGUUGUUUUUUCUAUGGAUUUUUAUGAUGAAAUGGGAAAAGGUUGACUUGAAGUUGGCCCAAACAUUUUUUUAAGUUGAUGAAGCUAAAACAGUUUUUACGGCAUAGGAUGUUGUAGCAGACAAAUAUACAUGAAUACACACAAGAAGCAAAUAUUACGAACACUACUUUUCUCUGUACUGACCUGACAGUGUCUGGUCAUAGAGAGGAAUUCCCUGUGUGUGUUUACAUAGUACACCUUAAUGCAGGCACCUUAAUGCAGGCACCAUACUGUAGUUUGAAUGUGAAGCACUAAGGCGGAAUAGCCUUUGCCAAACAGUAUGUACAGUACUGUAUAUAAACUCUAUAUGCUGUUUUGCUGUUAUCCUUUUGAAAUGAAAGUGUUCUAGCCUUGCGGUACUGGCGUUGAAAGAACACGUGUAUCGAGCAACAUGGCAAUCCAAAAACAUGGUCCAAAAAUGUAUUUCUCGCUGUUUGUUAUUUUGGUCAUCUUUUUGCAGUAUAAUUCCUCCCGUCGUGACCCUGCAUAACACAGCUUGUGUGUGUGUCCGGCCUUGGCCAAUCAAAAGUCGAGUUUGCAUCGUCCUGAGCGACUGUAACCAAGGCAUCCAUAAUUGUACUAAAGAACAGUGUGAUGUAUGUUUUGUGUUACACAAAGCACAAGUCUGAUGGUGGGUAACUAAUUGUCAAUAUUAGCUCGAUAUGACAUGAAGCGUGCUGUCUAUUUAAAGUAUGGUGCACAUAAUGUAAUCUGUGAUUCUGUAUGGCUAAUUUCAACUGACGUUUUGAAAUGCAUGAAAUGUUGUUUCUAGGCAACUGUGCGUACAGGGUAACGAUUAUGCUGCCUCUGUCUCUGAUGGGGUCUAUGGCAACUGUUGACGCUCACAUAGGCCUAAUGCUAUAGAGAGGCAGUGACCCAGUAUUACUGUUCUCAUACAUGAUACUGUAAAAAGCAAGACAUUCAUCAUGCAAAAUACCAUUACCUUUUUUUGUUCUCCUGUAGGAUGAUCUGAGAUAUCGAAACCUGCAACAUUGUUACACUAUGUGCAACUAACAUGCAGUAGUAGUUUUACCUUUUUUUUUACUAAGCUUGGAGUUGUUCGUUAAGUGUUGUCUUGAAUUUUAAAUUGUAACAGUUUUAUUUCUUAUUGCAUAGAACCGCUUUAGUUAAACCUGUCAUAUUCACCCCUACCUAACCAAACCCUCAUAUUCCAUGUGUGAUAAUAUGGUCUGGUGUUUCCUAGUAAUUCUUUGCAGUUAACAUGGAGAGUACAGUAUGUUAUAGGAACAGACCUGGGUUCAAAUACUAUUUAAAAUGUUUCAAAUACUUUAGCCUUCCUGGAGUGCCAGGUGGGCAGAGUUUAUAACUUUUGUGAACAUUUUUCUGGUUCCACUCCAGGCAAGCUCAGUCAAGCCCCAAUAAAGUAUAUUAAAUCAUUUAGAAUCGUAUUUGAACCCAGGUCUGAUCUACAGUAGGCCUUGAUAUGCAAACAGGAAAUCCAGGUCAGCCUGGGUGCUGUGACGUGUAGGCCUUGAGAAUGCACGGGCACCAGACAAGGAACCAACGCCUCGGCGAGAGGGCGUUUGUGUCUGACCGCCCCAGAGAGGUUAGGGUGGGCCUGGGAAAAGGACAUGGGGUGCCCUCCUGACUGGUGGGAAUAGGUUGUAGACUCACCCUAGCAGGCCUAUGAAGUAGGGAGGAUGUAUAAACGACUGUAGCUACAGUAUUCUGGAGUUUGUUGGAUCACUUAGGGGUAAGAAACACUGAAUGAUGCAAAGAAGCACCUGAUAUUUCCCACGAGGGUUGCAUUUACUGUCUCCAAACAUAAGCAAACCUUUUAAUAUCAAAAUGGAAAUUGCAAUCGUUGAUUAGGCCCACAAUUACACUGAAACGUUGAGAUAUAAAAAAAAUUUUACUGGAAAAUGUUACCGAAUUGGUUAGUAUUACACUUUCAGUUGUGUGUCCUAAUGAACAUGACCCAGAUGGUAUGCAGUAUGGAGGGCAGGAAAACUGCCCUGGAAGAGGGCUGUUUUUUUGUUAUAGGUUAUCUGCAAUAUCAUAUGUGUAUGCUAUGUAAAACAUGCGUAUCACUUUAUUUCUAAGGUAUGUAGUUGUGUAGCUAGAGGUUUCGAUUGGCCUGUUGAUUUGGGCUUAUGAAGGGAAGACCAAUAGCGGGUCUCUAUUUUGUAACCUGGUGUUUGCCGAGGCAAGUAGUAAAAAGGGGAAUGUGGGUUCAACUGGGGAUCUUUGUAACAAUUUUAGUAACAGUAGAAUCUGUUUUAGAGGAACUAUAUAGAGUGGUUCAAUAUUUUAUUAUUCUCUGAAAAAAGGUUCUCUUUUUACGUAUUGAUUUAACUGGAAAUACUACAAAAACACCCGGGCAGCUGUAUUCUUCACCUGGUUGGUUAGUUGUUUUUUUGGUCUCAUUACUGACGAAUUCAUAAUAAAGCUUGGUCGUUGGAGGAAAAUUUGAAGUCCUUUUCUGUCAAAACACUUUACAAGACAUUAUUUCUAUGCAAUGACGCAGUACAGUGCAUUAUACAUGUAAACUAACUUACUAAAAUGCAAGCAAAUGGCUUACGUCAAAGUUGUUAUAACUGUAUGGCUAGAACUAGGUUAAUGCUACAACUGGUAUGUGGAAGGGGGAAAAAAUAUGUCCGUCUGUGAGAAAAAGCUCUGGCCACACAAGUUCUACAAGGUCGUCUGUGUAGUAACAAUUGUACACUUAAUAAUAAUAAUAGCCUUGCAGACCGAUAUGCUGAAAAAUAGGCGACGUUGAAGAGCAUGUAUUUACCUUGCAUCAGAAAUGGCACCUUUUUCAACAACAACACCUUGGUUUUGCUGUUUGUAUUUGUUUUUUUCUAACCAGUGUUUUCAGAUUCUUAGUUUACAACGUUGUAUAUAAUAUUAUAAGCUUUUUCCAUUUACAUGUUGUGGAAGAAAUGUUCCUUCAAAUCUUUAUACAUUUUUCUUUUUGUUUUUUUGGGGCAUUUUUCUGGUUUCAGACACUUUUUUUUACUAUAAUGGCUUCAGUGAGUUUGUCUGAGCUAGCUAAACCUGGCCAACAGGUUAAUGCCACGAUCCAUUUAUACAAUUUGUCCAUUUAUACAAAAUUUCAACAAUUGCAGACCGAGCGUGACAACUACCACGCAUUCACUUAUUUUUUUGUUUCGUGCAUUUUCUUGGAUGUUCCGUUUUGUUUCCAGAAUUAUUAUAUAAUGUGUACAUUGGGGAAAUUACAUUUAUAUGUACAAUAAAAGCUAAUUUUCCAUAAUAAGUA